ACAGCAAACAUACGGUAAUAGCGAUCGACGAAACUUCAGCUGGGCAUGGGAAUCGUUGAUUUUCAAGUCGUAAUAUUUUUCUUCAAGACCAUGGAAUGAUAUAUGACAAUCACGAGGAUUAUUCUAAAGAUCUACAAAAAGAUGACGGACAUGGAAGUGUUUAGUUUCUUAUAUGCUAAAAGCAAAUUCAGGCUGGAUUUACCCCGGAUAUCUCGUUUAUAUAUUUGUGUGUUGAUAUUCUGUACAGUGCUAACGUUAUUACCGCAUCAUAUACGGGGAUCGUGCAUGCAGGAUUCAGACUGCGGGGCCGAUGGGGUUUGUGAGAGGGGUUCGUGUAUCUGUGCACCCGGGUGGUCCGGCGAUGUGUGUGAUCAUUGUCAUGGACGAACUAGGUUAGAAGAAAGUUCAGGGUACAUAAUAGAAGCUUUGGACGAUUAUGAAGACAGGAGAAAAUGUACUUGGCUCAUAGAUGGCGGAAGGCCCGGAGCUAAUAUACGAUUCAUUCUGCAAGAGUUUGGAACAGAGUGUAGCUGGGAUUACCUUUAUAUAUACGAUGGUGACUCAAUCUAUGCACCAUUAGUAGCAUCACUCAAUGGUCUUAUAAUCCAUGAUUCAGUUGACAUCAAGCAUGAGAUAGUAACAACAUCUGGUUUUGCUUACCUGUACUUCUACAGCGAUGCUGCAUUCAGUUUAGAUGGCUUCAAUAUAUCAUACAGUAUCGAGAGCUGUCCAGGUAAUGGAUGUAGUGGCCAUGGGAACUGUUCCAGCUAUCAUCUGAACUGCUCUUGUGAUCCUCUAUGGUUCGGAGAAGCCUGUGAUAUUCCUGCAUGUCCUAAUAACUGUAGUGGAUGGGGCUACUGUGAUAGCAACAUUAAAGCCUGCGUUUGUCCACCUGGUUUCAAAGGACAAGACUGUGGGACGCUGGAAGAAGAUGGCCUUUGGGAGAUAAAAGAGGGCGCUAUCGGUGAAGGGCGGGGCGCGGCCAGUACCAUCCUGAUCGGCGAUGACCUGUGGGUGAUUGGAGGAUAUACAUAUAAUGAGAAAGAAAAUAUAACCAUGUCCAGAUACAACAUUCCAUCAGAAACGUCGUUGGUCAUCAAUACUGAAGCAGAAUAUGGUGUCCUUCCCAGACCAAGAUAUUCACAUUCCACAGUCUUUUAUGAGGAUACAUUUUAUAUGUACGGUGGAUCGUUGUUUGGGAGUGCUAUAACAGCAGAGAUGUGGUCCUUUCAUCUUCCUAGUCUAACAUGGACCAACAUGACGGAUGGACCCUAUGCCUUGGAGGGUCACAGUGCUCACAUCAUUGAUGAUGUCAUGAUUGUUAUCUUCGGCUAUAGUCCCAUAUAUAGCUACACUAACUUGGUCCAGGAAUAUAACAUCACAUCAGGUCAAUGGUCUGAGGUGAAGACUAGGGGAGCUGCUGUAGAAGGGGCAUAUGGCCAUUCCAGUGUGUACCUUCCCAGCAGUGGCAAGGUAUACAUACACGGAGGAUUCAAACUGAAGGCUGGUAAAGAACACAUGCUGUCUGAUCAAACAUACCAAUAUGAUAUCAAUACAAGAUCAUGGCUUAUAUUGAAGGAGAGCGGUCAGCCACGGUUUUUUCAUUCUGCAGUGAUUCUCCACGGGUUAAUGCUUGUAUUUGGGGGCAAUACACAUACUGAUAAUACACGCCCUAACGGAGCCAAGUGCUACUCAAAAGACUUCUUAGCAUAUAAUCUCGAAUGUGGAAGCUGGGAGUCGAUAGAAAUGAGCACAGGGUUACACAAUGAGGUUUCUCGUUUCGCUCAUGGAGCAUUUAUCUAUGAAGAAUCUAUGUGGAUAUACAGCGGAUACAAUGGUCUUCUCUCUACCAGUGCCUUAUUAUAUAUCCCAGGGAAUUGCUCUGUUAUUACUAAUUCUUCCGUGUGUUGUGAAGGCCUUCCAGGCCUCUGGUGCGUCUGGGAUCUCGUCAAUGAAAUCUGUGUAUCAGUCGACUCCGUCCCAGAGAUAGCCAGUAACCACUCAACCUGCCCCAUAGAAACAGAUCCACAGUGUGGUCUAAAGACGACUUGCCAAUCGUGUGUUGAGGUACCUGGCUGUGGAUUUUGCGAUGGAAACUGCAGUGGGCACUGUGCUGAUGAGAUCGAGAGUCGAGAAUGUGAGCAAGCCUCCUGUUCAGUGUUCUAUAAUUGUCGGUCAUGUAACAGUCAGAACUACUGUCAGUGGUCUGGAGGAAAGUGUCAAUCAUCACAAUCUGGAGGUAACACAGGGUCUUGCAGCGAGCCAUGCGAUAAUUUUGCUACCUGUUCAUCGUGCCUGUCAGACAAUGCUAAUAGCUGUAUGUGGUGUCAAAGCCAACAGAGGUGUAUUGAUUCCACGACGUACAUGACAUCAUUUCCGUUUGGCCUCUGCCUUGAAUGGAGGACUAAUGUAGAGAAAUGCCCAAAAAUAUGUUCUGACUACCAGACGUGUGCCGAAUGCCAGGGCGAUCCUGGAUGCGGUUGGUGUGAUGCUGGCAAUAGAGACGGUCUAGGGGCGUGUAUGACCGGUAGCUACACUGGACCCAUCAACACGGAGCUUGACCCCGUGGUUGAUUACGCCAUGUGUCCCGCACAGAGGUGGUAUUUCGUCCAGUGUCCAUCAUGCCAGUGCAAUGGUCACAGUACCUGCCCGAAAAAUUCGUCUGAGUGUGGCUUGUGCGAAGACUACACAGAAGGUGAGAAGUGUGACACAUGUCAGCUUGGUUUCUAUGGUCGGCCUCAGAACGGCGGCGAGUGUAACCUUUGCUCCUGUAACGGUCACUCGGAUAUAUGCCACCAGACCACUGGUCAGUGCUACUGUGAUGCCAAGGGAGUGACCGGUAAUAACUGUGACAGGUGUGAAACGAAUGCUAAGUACUAUGGGAAUCCCGUCAAUGGUGGAUACUGCUAUUACAAGCUUUUGAUGAACUGGCAGUAUACGUUCAAUCUUUCUGAUGAGGAGGAUAAAAACUACACCCGUAUCGCAAUGAUGACUGCCCCCACCAGCCCGAACAGAGAUAUCGAGUUUAUAUUACGUGUCGACAGACCAGUCUACCUCAAUAUAACAUACACUGCAAGAGAUGUUGAAGGCGAGCAGACCGUGGUUGAUGGUACCUAUGUUGAAUCUACCUACAGGCGCAAGCUCUCUCGUUACGAAUAUGACUUCAGCAUAGAAGGCAACACAACUUUCUACUUCUACCUCUCCAAUUUCACAACACCAAUGUCAUUUGAGGUAUAUUUGAUCCAUCCUUUACUGAUGUUCACCUUGCUUCAGUUCCUAAUCGUCUUCUUCAGCUGUUUUCUCUUCUUCCUGCUCUUCUUUGUCCUGGGUUGGAAGUUUAAACAGCGCUGCGAUGCUUUCAGACACAGACAGCAACGGGCGGUUGAGAUGGCCGUGAUGGCUAGUCGACCAUUUGCAGCGGUCAAUGUGGAGGUCAGCAAAUCAGCACCACCAGAUCUAGUUGCCGAAUGCCAAAAUUAUCAAGUACUAGCCGCCCUAGAGCCAUGCAGCGACAGCAAAGCUGGCAUCAUGACCGUAUUCCUACAGUUGCCCAUGCCGGAUGGCGAAGCGCCCCCGUUAGGUCAACCUCGACUAGCUUUAGCAUCGGCCCUCGUUCAGCUCAAACCAAAGAAAGCCGAGCUGAAAGAGCAGAGGGAUCGGGAGCGAGACCAGAGGGAAAGGGAGAGGGAGAAUAGGGUACGGGAGAGAGAACAGCGGGAGAGGGAAGAAGAGCUUCAAAGACACCAGUUACCGGUAGCGCCGCUAGCAGCGAUACCCUCUGACGAUACACUAUCAGUCGGUGUGUUAGAUGAUACUAGACACAUACGACAUCAUGCAGAGUAUGAUAACCCUGCUAUGGUAUAACGCCAUUCAUUCCCUUCCAUUUUAACUCGUAUUUCAACAUGUCAGACAAAUUCUCUCAAUGCCAUUAUGUCUUUUUAAUAACUGUAGAUGGAAAGUGAAAUAUAUGAUUUUUAAAAAUUAUUAAAAGAAAAACGUAAUUAGGGCUUUCUUCCAGCAUUUUUUUCCUCAUGAAAGAAUAACAACAUGAUAUGACUGGCUUCGUGAAAUUUUUCUCAUUUUCUUUUAAUCAUGAUAUAUUUGAAUGCCCACGCAUCUUCUUUUCAAUUUCAUUGUACAAACUUUCAUAUGUUUUAUUUUAUAAGCUAUCUACAUUAGUGAUGUCAUAAAACACUAUUUUGUAUUUUACUUUGCUAUGUUCAUUUAAAAAAGAUCUCAUUUUUGUGUAGACUUAAUUAUUCAUAGAAAUUCAAUAUCCAGGUUGACUUUCAUAUUAUGUACUUACUGCAUUUUGAUUGAUAUGACUGACAUCUUGAGAUUAGAGUCUUUUUAUUAAGAGAUAUAUCUUUAUUUCUAGUGCCUAAUUUAUCCUGUAUAGUAUGUGUCAAUAUUUGUAGAUUGAAAUUGAAAUGUAUUGCCAUUGAAAUACUUGAAGAUGAUUUUAUAGAUUUUGAAUGAUGACUGCGUUAGGUUUUUGUAUCACUUUUCUUGCAAGGCAAACUGUAAGGAAAUGCAAUGAAGUGGGGUUUUUUGCCAAGUAAGGUUUCCUUAUCGAUUGAUAUGAAUUCGUGUGAAAGUGCAGGGAUUAGGGAUUAUGUAAAGACUUUGUUUCAAAAUAGAAUUAUAUUUUUGGAUUGAGUUGCUUUUGAAAUUGAUAUAAAUUUCCAGAAGAUAAGUAUGGAAUCUGAUAUUCAUUUAAGCAGAUUCAACAGCAUUAUAUUUUUUUUGAAAUCUGAACACAUAAUCUGGGACUUACAAGCCAUUGUUUAAAUUACAUGUGUAAUUUCAAUUGGACAGAAUUUUUUUAAUAUGAUUUUUGCCAAUUAUAAGGUUUUAUUCAUGUGUAUUAAUUUUCCUGCUGUUGUCAGGUGAAAUUUUUGUGAUUUUGAUUAUUCUUAUUCCCUAGCUUGAAUAGACAGUGAAAUGAAUGAGAAACAUUUGUGCAAAUAAUUGUACUUUUUAAUCUUUUCAAGGAUAUAUUUUCACUGACAACUUGAUGAUAUUUUGUCAAGUAGUGAUUUGGUUGCAAGACUGAAGUAUGGUUUUACUUGGGGCAUGUGCAUACCACAAAAUAGCAAAGUACAAUGUUUGCAUAUAAUGUUCCAAAA